GCGUGUUUAUUGUGUGCGAUAGUCUUCGUUUAAAACGUUCAGUUGACUCGCCUCAGCGGAACAGCAAUGCGAUCCCGCCGCCCGGCCUGCUGGAAUGACGAGGGAGUUAAUAUGGCUGUCCACAGUUCAUCUGCCAGUGUAGUAGUAAGCUCGCCCUGCGCCGCUGACACGACGCGCAUAACAAACCCGUGGAGUUCGCAGCGUUUCGGAGCUGCUUGUCCCCUCCCCUCCAGACACAGACAACAACAUUCACGAUAAUAGGGGCGCGUCUCCGACACCGCCGCCGACCAAUAAGCCGCGUGUCUGGGCAGAGAGCGAGCGGCCGAGCGCACGCCGAGGCCCAAUCAGCGCUUUUGUGUUCACUGCCGGCGCCGGGGACUGCACGGGAAAGAGGUGCCGCAGCGCUUCAGGAUCGGAGAGCGAGCCCGGAGCCAGAGCAACCUGAGGCGGUGAAGGCGAGUCAGAUCAUUAUCCCCCCUGGGCGUAAAAUGUGAUGAGAGAAAGACGGAGCAGAGGUUAGACAGGCCAAGCAUCAGGUCCCAUUGCAGUGGUGUUCGUCACCUGCUGUCCCUCUCCUCUUGAGCUGUGAAUGUAGCAAUGGCUGCCUCAUGAUCUCAUAAGUGCAUUGCUGAAGUCGUAUUUCUGCUCUUGCACACCCUCAGGGAGGUCACACUCACACUGGAGUGCUGCCGCCUGUGAAAGUGAGCUCAUAGAGGAGACUACAGCACAAGGGGGCUCACUGCCUCACUGUCAUUGUAACAUCUGAAUCACACAAAGGCAGGAUGGAGCGGAUGUCUGAGGAGGCGUUGAGGUUGAACCUGCUGAAGCGGGGUCUGGAAACGGCUGACGAAAGGGAGGAAGCGCUGGCCAAGCGCCUGAAAAUGGAGGGUCACGAGGCUAUGGAGCGACUGAAGAUGCUGGCAUUGCUCAAGCGCAAGGACCUCGCUGCUCUGGAAGGAGCCGCUGUGGCGGAGGGGAAAGGACCUGGGGCCAGCCAGGGGCUGAUGGGAGCCUCAGCGGUGUAUGAGGAGAAGCUGAACGGGAGUUUGAGGAGCACAGGCCAUGGAGGACCCAGCAAGAAUGGCAAAGAGAACAUGAUGGAUGAACCUGUGGACAUGAGCGCCAAGAGGAGCGGUGUGGAGCGAGAGAGGUGUACUCCGUCUCCAGAUGUGAUUAUCUUGUCAGAUAAUGAAGCGUCAAGCCCGAGGAGCACUCCACACCCAGAGGAGCGCCGCCAUCACCCCAACUUGGACAUGUUCAAGGGGAAGACGGGCGAGGAGAGGCAGCAGAUGAUCAAAGCCCUACGUGAGGAGCUGCGGCUGGAGGAGGCCAGGCUCGUGCUGCUGAAGAAGCUGAGACAGAGCCAGAUGCAGAAAGAGAACGUCGUACAGAAGGUUCCAGUCGUUCAGAAUCCCCCCUCCUCCGUGCAGCCCUCCGCCAUUCACAGCUCACAGGGGCUGACCAAGCUGCCUGUGCGGCCUGGCAUGCAUACCUCUGAGCCCCAGAACCUCCGCACAGCGCAGGGCCACACGGUGAUCAGGUCUGCAGCCAGUGCCUCUCUGCCCCCCAUGAUGAUGUCUCAGCGGGUGAUUGCUCCUAACCCAGCCCAGCUGCAGGGACAGAGAGUGCCCUCUAAGCCUGGCAUGGGCCGACCCUCCACAGGGAGCAUGAGCAAUGCAAUCAACUACCAGCAGGCUGCUAGCCAACAGGUGGCGGCCUCACAGCGUUCCGGCUCCUCAGCGGCUCUCUACAUGAACCUGGCCCACAUGCAGGCAACCGGGGCAGCAGGUGUGCCAGGCGUUGGGGUGGGUGUGAGUGGUGUGAGUGCAGUUAGCCCCUCUGCACUUCCCGGCAGCUCUAGUGUGGGCUCUGUGGGCUCGAUGAGUGAUCAGGCCAGCAGCCAGGCAGCCGCCAAGCUGGCCUUGCGCAAGCAGCUGGAGAAAACACUGCUGGAAAUCCCUCCACCCAAACCUCCCGCACCCCUGCUCCACUUCCUACCCUCCGCCGCCAACAGCGAGUUCAUCUACAUGGUGGGACUGGAGGAGGUGGUUCAGAGUGUCCUCGACAGCCAGGGUAAAAUGAGGGGUUCACUAGCACGCAUGGAGCCAUUCUUCUGCGCCCAGUGCAGGACCGACUUCACCCCCCACUGGAAGCAGGAGAAAAGUGGUCGCAUCCUGUGUGAGCAGUGCAUGACCUCCAACCAGAAGAAGGCCCUAAAGGCUGAACACACCAACCGUCUGAAAAACGCCUUUGUCAAGGCCCUGCAACAGGAGCAGGAAAUCGAGCAGAGGCUUCAGCAGCAGGCGGCUCUGUCCCCAAGUGCGGCUCAGACUGUCCCCAGCGUCAGCAAGGCUGAGAGCAUGAUCCGACACCACGCACUCCGACAGGCUCCUCAGCCACAGGCGGCACUGCAGCGGGGUUUAUCCAGCUCGGCGCGUGGCGUGCUAUCUAACUUUGCCCAGGCCUCACAGCUCUCGGUGGCCAGUGGACUGUUGGGUAUGACCAGCAAGCGCUGUGGAGGAGGCAGUGCCAGCAACAGUCGGUCACAGCAUGAGAGCCGCCGACAGAUUUACAACAUCCCCGGCUUGAAUAUUGCCUAUUUGAACCCGGGAGGCCACAAGGCGUCCAGCCUGGCGGACCGGCAGAGGGAGUAUCUGCUGGACAUGAUCCCCCCACGCUCCAUAUCUCAGUCCAUCACUGGCCAGAAAUGAGCUCACACACCCACACUGCAACCAUCACCCCUGUCGCAUGCAGUGCCUGUCCGUGUGCCUACCCAACUAACCCAUGAGAAUAACUCAGCCAGACGAACACCAGACUGUCUCAACUUCCAUUUCCUACUAUAACAAAGCUCUUUAUUUCUUGCUAUUGCUCUGUCAGUUAUCACCUUUAUUAUUAAUAUUAUUAUUAAUAUCAUUAUUGCUUGUGUUACAGGUAUUCUUAUGUUUAUUAGUAGUUUAGUGACUUGUGGAUUUUUUUCUGUUUGACAUUUUUAUUUAUUUCUUUCUCAAGGAAGGGGCUAGAUUUCAGGGUUACUUGAAAAUGUGUUGCUCUUAUUUUCCUUCUUAGCUUCUUCCCUUUUGCACCCUGUAAAAUGAUGAGAGGUUGCUCUCAUAUUACAAAAGCUCAUUUUUUUUAUGUAGCCCACAUUGAAGCUUACAUCUAUAGUUAAGCUUUUGGAACGAGAACAGUUCGCCUAUGCCAUGUGGUAAAACAUCUUUGUAGCAAACACAUUUCAAAGAGAAAGAGCCUUGGUGGAGACUGCGUCUGAUGGAAUGACGGACUUUUCUAGUAAACUAAUCCUAAUGCACUGAGACGCUGACGGCUGUUCUGCCUUGAGAAGGCAACAUGAUACGAGAACACUAGGUGCUGUGUGCAGAAUCGUUGAAGGAUGUUUAGGUCACAUACUACACAGCAGAAGGAUGGCUGAAAAUGAGCAGCGGCAGAAACAUCGUGAUGAUCAAGCUAAAAACAUGCAGUGUGUUUCUGAUAAAGGCUGCCGUUGAAUAUACAGGAUUUGCAGCAAAUUUGGAGGCCUGGAUUAGUGCAUCUUCCACGUCCCGUCAAUGCCUUUAUUUUCAUGACGUCGAUGCUGUGAGAAAUCUCUCGCAGUGCCGUGUGUUUAGCUGCAUGUGGAGGAAGUGAGCAUCCAAAUGAACCUAAUUCCCUUUGUCAGUCUCAAUUCUCCUUCAGCGUCCUUAAUUUUCUAUUUCCCUCUUUGGCGGCGUCUCCUGCUGAAACGGUUGCGUAUCUGAGAGGUACUUACCACAGGAGACGAUAAUCAUCAGAAUGGUAAAUGGACAGAAACUAUUCAAAUAUCUAUAUGAUUUAUGUAUAGAUUCUUAACAUGAGAAGGUUGAAAAGAUGGAGGUCGUAUAUCUAUAAUAGCAUAGGCAAGGAUCAAUCACCGUGAUGGGGCAACUCAUGGGAGAUGCCUUUUUCUCCAGGAGCACUUUUUCUUUUUAAAUCGAGAACUGAAAAAUGGUUAGAAAGAGGACAAGAAUGUUUCAGCUCCCAGGCUCUUGAGGUAUGGAUGUCACCCGACCGUCUCAGAGAGAGUUAGGAGAGAGACCAUGUUGUGAAUCUCAGACCAUCAGUUCAUUACUGCUGUUGAUCCUGUCAGUGCCUCGGGUCCACCAGUACAUUUCUGUAAUGCUUUGUAACUCUACACUUUUCUACAUUUCAGGCCAGAAUACAAACUGGGCAGUAUGGCAGAUGUUGCACAAGGUGGCAGCAUUUGCAGUGUUUGGUCAGUAUGCAGUAUUAGAUUCUCCUGUAAGUUUCCGACUGAGAUCAAAACUCUUUGUUUUUCGGUGCUAGGCAGCAUUCAAACUGCAUGUCCUUUUCUCACUCUGCUAGUGAAUUAGCACUUAAUUGACUCCUGUCAAUUGCUUUAUUGAAGCAAUAUGUGUAGAUUACUCAGCAAAAUACAAAUGGGUGACAAAGAAAAAAACUGGUGGUUCUAUUAUGCUUUGGAGGCUUUUUUGCUGUGGUUUAGCAUAGAAGGGUCACUACAAAUCAAUACAAAGCUCAUCUGACUGAUCACCUUUAUACAGUGAUGAAACAUUUCUAUCCUGAUGGGAGUGAUCUCUUCCCCCAUCCACAGGCCACAAGGGCUCACCGAAUGGUUUGAUGAGUGUGAAAUUAUGUAAAUCAUAUGUUACGGCUUUCACAGUCACCAGAUCUCAACCCAAAUCAACACCUCUGGGAGAAUUUGGAGCAAAGUGUAGAGCGACAGCUCUCUCCACCACCAUCAUCAGAAUACCAUUUGAGGGAAUAUCUUUUUGUAGAAUGGCAUUCAUCCUUCCAGUACAGUUCCAUGUGGCCAUGCCUGCAUUGAAUUUUCUGAUUGUUCUGAUGGUUCUUGGUGGUCCAACAACUUACAAAGACACUUUAGGUCUUUAUUAGGGUGGCAGUGGAUCUGGAGCUUAUUCCGGGAACACCGGGCAUGAGAAUGGAAUACACCCUGGAUAGGAUGCCAGUUUUUUCCUUUAACUUGUCACCCGUUUGUAGGUUUAUUUGAUAGCUUCAAAUGGUAUUGUAAUUAUUGGCACACUGCUAGAUCUUGGGUAGUUCCAUUAAAAGACUACAACAAGCACUGAAAUCCUGUGUUACAUAUGAGCACUUUCUCGUAAAGUGCUCCUUUGGUUUUUUUUUUUGGUUUUUUUUUUCUUCUUCUUCUUCUUUUUUUUGGACAAAAUCAAGUUCACCAAUAUGUGUUAUAUGGUUAUGUGAAACCAUUGUUUUAAAAGCUGUGUGUAUUUUUCUUGCUUGGGACAGAAAGAUGCAACUUUUAAACAAAGUCAUUAGCUGUGUUUCAGAUUGCAUACUUGUGCACCAUCCUAGGCGGUUUUGUUUUUGUCUAGUGUUCACACUGAGAAAUGCCAACACAACCCGGCUGGUGUACUAUAUCUGCUGAACAAAUGAAGUGUGGACACUUUUUUGCACUAACCUGUCCCAUCAUGCACCAGAGAACAAAGGGGAGGGGCUUGCAGCAGAUACCAGCCAUAUCUGUGUCUGCAGUGCUGUUUUAAACAUUCCCAAACUUUACAUUUAAAAAGAAAAAUGAACGUAGCACAGCGAAUGUUAGUUAAGCUAGCUAGCUAACAUCAGGUAGCACUGAACCCAAUCUGGCACUGUUGUUUCUAUUGUGUUAUGUCAUCUCCCUUAAGUACAGAACGGUUUAUAUUUGAAUUUAUUGAUUCUCUCAUGUACAAACGGUCAUAGAUUGUGACUUGAGACACAGCUAUUAAAACUACCUUGGCUUUGAUUCACAGGUGCAAUAUUAAAUGAUAAAAAGUUUACGCUUAAGAGAUUUCUUAGUUUCCGGCUUUGCUGACUAUAAUCAGUCCCCUUUAUAGGCAUAUGAUGUUUUGCCCCUCUGAUUUGAGUGUCUUUGCAGGCUGUGUAUAGUCAGUCUCCCUUCUCUCUGCUAAUCUCUCUGCCAGACUGUAAUGGAUGCAUCCAUACACAUUUACUGAGAUCUACCAGUCGGAUUUUGAAAUGUCGUUUUCUAGGGUUUUAAAAUGAAACUUACUUUGAUUCCUUGUUUUAGUUUAAUUUGAUUUGUUUAUUUAAUUUGUGAACUUUCAUACAAAAAACCUACAUGUAAUCAAACAAAAAAAAAAAAAAGAACUAUGAGAUGGCAACACAAUAUUUACUAGGUCAUAAGUAAUAAUGACUUAUUGUACAUAUGCUUUUUUUCUCUUUUGAAUUAAAAAAUGAAAUUAAAAUGGUUGUAUAUUGUGUAGAAACGCAAGCAAAAAGCCAUGAAUAUUGUGAAGCUUGUCAUUUUGUUUAGUGAUCACUGUGUAUUAUUGUGUAACAAAUGUGCAAAAUGUAUGGGAUUAUACUUCUCUUGUUUUUGAGCUCUUUUUGAUGCAUUUUUCUCCCAGACUGUAUGUUUUUGUAGUAUGUAGUAUUUGCAAAAGGAAAAAAAGUGUCCUGGUGGAGCAUUUGAUCCAUUCUCCAGUCUUUGGACUAGGACAUAAUGGGAUAAUCUUGUAUAUGUUACUUUUUGUGUGUGUUGCUUUUUUUGUCAAUAACAUUGAAGUUAAACCAAUGUUUGGUGAAUGCAUUGAUUUCUCUUGCUAUCCCAUGCAAAGUGUCGGCCUCACACAUACGCAGUGGAUCAGACAUUUGACAGUAUUACCCCGAACCUGACCAAACCCAAAGCACUCAGCUGUAGAUAUGACAUGAGACAAUGCACACUUCAUUUACCUUGAGUUCAACUACAGGGUGUCCUUUACAAUUUACACUUUUGGGAGACAAUGUAAAUCCUCAUUUUCUACUUGUCAUGCUAUACCAUCUUACUGCAUUAUGCCUUUUAUUCAUGUCUUGCCCCGAGUGGGGGAUUUCGCAAUGCUCUUAAUUUUCCAUGGAAGAAUUGUAUACAUUGUAUACGUCCACAGGUUAAGGAAAAUGUUUGCCUUUGACUGUUCUAUUGCUUACUGCUUUCAGUUUAGUAAAUUUUUAAGACAAAAAGAAUAAGACAAUUUUGCACACUUUUAAGUAUUGAUUAUAAAGUGUGUGACCUUUCAAUUUUCAUUAUCAUAGACUAACUGUCCGUAAUUCCUUGAUUGGACAAUCAGCUUUUCUGGAGACAAGCGUUUUAGUUUACGUCUUUCCACCAUGUAAUGUCUCUCAAGUACUCAGAUCAUUGUUUCACUUCUUUUCUUUUUUUUGUCCCUGUUUUUUCUGUGAUUUUAUUUUAUUUUUUUCCUUAUUUGGUAAUUGUUGCAAAAUACAAGUCACUUUUGAUGAAGUGUGGGAGAAAAGCGGCUUUUUAUUAUUAUUAUAAUUUUUUUUUUUACUUUAAACUUUUUUUUUUAAAACAGAUUCAGCUGUAGUUCCACCAGUUUGAAUACUCAGAACACUUGGCAAUAUGUAAAUCUGUUUUGUUUAAAAAAAAAAAAAGAAAGAAAUAAAACCUUGUGAUUGAGUUUGAAAAACUAUUGUAUGGACUGGGGAUUGGCUUUAACAGUAAUGAAUUUGAAUCAAGGCUAAAAAUGUGCUUUUUGUCAAGUUUUUAUUUUUAUUUGGAACAUUUAAUCCAGACCUUUUGCACAUCCUUGAUAUUUAACUGUCUAAAAAUGAAGCUGAAAAAAAAUGCUGUUUGAUUACUGCCGAUUGAUUAACAAUUAUGCGUUGACUGAAAAAAAAAAUAAGCUAAUUUUGGAGGAAAUAACUUUGUAAUAUUUAUCUCUUGCAAGCUAUGUUUAAUAAAGGAUGGAACAGUUUA